ACACACCCUACUGCAGCGACGCAAACAGGGCGUAGUUCCCGUUAAAGGGGAACGCCGGGAGCCUCCCACUGGCCCCUUGCAUCGCCCGCGCACGGUCCCGCAGCACAGCUGUCUUUGGGGACAUCAGCGACUCAGCAUUUACAGCCGAGUUUGUGCCUGAGGCAGCUCUGCUUGGAGACAGCCGUUCCAUUUGCACUGCAGAACUCCGCGGAGCCCCACUCGCAGCCACCAUGCUUCUGCUGUUGCUGGGAAUCCUGUUCCUCCACGUCGCAGUGCUAGUAUUGCUGUUAGUCUCCACCAUCGUCAGCCAAUGGCUGGUGGGCAAUGGACACACGAUUGACCUGUGGCAGAACUGUACCACGUCUUUCUCUGGAGCCGUCCAGCACUGCUACUCUUCAUCUGCGAGUGAAUGGCUGCAGUCUGUCCAGGCCACCAUGAUCCUCUCCGUCAUCUUCAGCGUCCUGUCCUUAUUCCUGUUCUUCUGUCAGCUCUUCACCCUCACCAAGGGAGGCCGGUUUUACAUCACUGGAUUCUUCCAAGUCCUUGCUGGUCUGUGUGUGAUGAGUGCGGGGGCCAUCUACACGGUGAGGCACUCUGAGUGGCAUGUCAACACUGAGUACUCCUAUGGAUUCGCCUACAUCCUGGCCUGGGUGGCCUUCCCCCUGGCUCUUCUCAGUGGCAUCAUAUAUGUGAUCCUGCGGAAACGCGAAUGAGGUGCCCGACGUACUGUCUGUCCAGGCUCUGAGCGUACACAGGGUACACAGGGAGGGAGGAAGAAAACCAAAAACCAGAAACCAACAUGCCAAAAAAGAGCUAGCCAAAAACCCAACUCAGCCAAACCAAACAGAAAGCAGUUGAGGGGUGAUUGCUGUUGAUUAAAGAUGUAUAUAAUAUCUAUGGUUUAUAAAACCUAUUUAUAACACUUUUUACAUAUAUGUACAUAGUAUUGUUUGCUUUUUAUGUUGACCGUCAGCCUCGUGUUGAACCUUAAAGAAGUAGCUAAAGAACUUUACAUCCUAACAGUAUAAUCAAGCUCAAUAUCUUUGUUUUUUGUUUUUUUUUUUUUCAUCUUUUGUUCUGCUCAGAAAUAAAAUAACUCAGUGUGGCCCCUUUCAUCUGAAAGAAGAUACCUCCCUCCCACCCAGCCUCAUAGAAAACCAAAAUGUGGGGACAAACCCUGAAUGCCCAAAGCCUUCACAUUGUGGGUGACCCGGUGCAUUUAGCAGGAAUGUCCACUCUCUGAAUCUCUGUGUGGAGCCCUAAGCACUCACAGAUCACAUGCCCCCAACUGGAGCCCUGGGCAGAAACACAGCUAGUGGCUCUGGAAUACUCGUCCCUGAAGGUGGAGUAUCUGGGUCAUGCGUUUAAAUGAGAAAUCGGUGACAAGGAAUCUGUGAAAUGGUGCUAUGGAUUUACCAUUCCUUAUUAUUACUAAUCAUCUAAACAACUCACUGGAAAUUCAAUUAACAAUUUUAUGACAUAAAAUAGAAAGAAGAUCAGAAUAAUUGUGUGUAAUAUAAAUGGUUUAUAACCGCUUUUGUACCUAGCUAGACUGCUAUUAUGCUAUAAUGAAUAAAUCUUGAAGCCUUCAUCACUCCCACAAUUCUCUUACGGUCGGAGCAUCAGGACAAGCGUCUAGAUCCUCGGGACUAUGAGUUCCCAGGCUUGCUGGGUCUAGGAUGUUCUAUGCCUCCAGGGACUGUCUGGCGAUGACUCAAAUUGGCCACCAACUGUAGAUGUAUAUACGGUGCCCUUCUGAUGCUAAGACUCCAGACCUUUCCUCUUUGCUUGUUCUGAUUUUAUACCAACUGUGUGGACUAAGAUGCAUUAAAAUAAACAUCAGAAUAACUAA